AUGUUUUUCCAAGAAAUCUCUGCCUUCAUUUAUUUAUAUCAUCCUUUCUUUCUUUCUAUCUUUCUUUCUUUUUUUCUUUCUUUCUUUUUUAUUUCUCUCUUUCUUUCUAUUUUUUGUUCUUUUAUAUCUGUCUUUCUUUCUUUUUUCUUAAUUUCAUCUUUCUUUCUUACAUUCUUUCUAUCAGCUUUUUAUUUCUUCUUUUCAUCUUUCUUUCUUUCUUUCUUUCUUUCUUUCUUUCUAAUCCUCCUUUCUUUUCCUAGGUUAUUUAUAGGCUUUUUAUUUCUUCUUUUCAUCUUUCUUUCUUUCUUUCUUUCUUUCUUUCUAAUCCUCCUUUCUUUUCCUAGGCUUUUUAUUUCUUCUUUUCAUCUUUUCUUUCUUUCUUUCUUUUCUUUCUUUCUUUCUUUCUUUCUAAUCCUCCUUUCUUUUCCUAGGUUAUUUAUAGGCUUUUUUUUCUUCUUUUCAUCUUUUUCUUUCUUUCUUUUCUUUUCUUCUUUCUUUCUUUCUUUCUUUUCUUUCUUUCUAAUCCUCCUUUCUUUUCCUAGCUAUCUUUCCUUCUCUCUUUCUAUGUCCUUCUUUCUACCAUUCUAUCUUUCCUUCUUUCUUCCUAUCUUUCUUCAUAUCUUUCUUUCUAUCUUUCUAUCUUUCUUUCUUUUUAUAUUUCUUUCUUUCUAUCUCUUUAAACAUACUUAUCUAUCUAUCUAUCUAUCUAUCUAUCUAUCUAUCUAUCUAUCUAUCUCUCUAGCUUCUUUAUCAAUUCUUCUUCUGCCUCUUCUUAUUGUUUGUCUCCCAUUCAACCCACAUUACAUUUCUCGUUUUAUAUCUAUCUAUCUAUCCUUGUCUAAUAAUAUCUAUCUAUCGAUCUUCCCAUGUAUUUCUAUCUAUCUAUCUAUCUAUCUAUCUAUCUAUCUAUCUAUCUAUCUAUGUCUAAUAAUAUCUAUCUAUUCCCAUCUAUCUAUCUAUCUAUCUAUCUAUCUAUCUAUCUAUCAUUGUCUAAUAAUAUCUAUCUAUUCCUAUCUAUCUAUCUAUCUAUCUAUCUAUCUAUCUUCUUAA